GUAACAGAAGAACCAUUUUAAAGGCUCACAAGACCAGGACUAAGCAGAAUUCACAAGCAAAGCCUCCAAACAUCUUCCAAAGGGAAAAGGGAGAAAAGUAAUCAUUUCUUUGUGGACAGAAGUUUCUUUGAUUCAUCUUCUCAUACCAAAAAUGACAGCAGAAAACACAAACUCUACUUUAGGGCAAGAAUCUACGACUUGGCUGGCUUGCCUUUUAGGAGAAUAUCUAGGGUUCAUGGUGUAUCCUUCAACAGUCUUAAGCAUUCUGAUAAUAUUGUACUAUCCCCUUCUUGUUUCAUUCUCCGUGGUUUACCUGGGCAGCGCACUCUAUUUCUUUUGUGGUAUUAUUUAUAAUCUCCCAGAUGAUCGCAACAGCAAACAAUGGGACAAGUCAAAGAAAAAACUGGCAGUUCUGUCAGAUGUGAUAGGAAAGAUACUGCAUGGUUAUGAGAUUUGUGGAGUGGAAAAUCUACCAAAAGGGCCUGCUCUUCUUGUUUAUUAUCAUGGAGCCAUUCCUGUGGAUUAUUACUUCUUUGUACUUAGAAUUUAUAGAAUCACGGGUAGAUUGUGCUGUUCUGUGCUGGAUCACUUCAUUUUUUGUCUACCAGGCUUAAAACGCUAUCUUUAUAUAAAUCAAUGUGCUAAUUCUACAAGAGAGGAAUGUGUGGAACUUCUGAAGCAAGGGAAUCUACUGGGUAUUGCACCUGGUGGACUUCGAGAGCAAAAUUAUGGAGACCAUACUUACAAGCUUGUGUGGGGAAAAAGAAAAGGUUUUGCUCAAGUAGCCAUAGAUGCAAAAGUGCCCAUCAUCCCUAUCUUUACUCAGAAUCUGAGAGAAGGCUACAGAAUAUAUGGAAACAUAAGACCAAUGAGAUGGCUUUAUGAACAAACUCGGAUUUUAUUCUUUCCACAAUACGGACUAAUACCAGUGAAACUUCGAACACAUAUUGGUCAACCAAUUCCAUAUGAUCCAAACAUAACUGCUGAAGAACUAGCUGAAAAAACAAAAACUGCAAUGGAAGCUUUACGGGACAAGCAUCAGAAAAUACCAGGAAGCAUCAUGGGAGCUCUUUGGGAACGCUUUGAGGUUCAUCAAAAAAAUGACUAGUGUGAAUAAAGGAAUGCACUGAUACAAUUUUUCUUAUGUUGUUUUCUCACAAAUACUUUUGGUUGUGGUUGUGUGCCUUCAAGUCUUACCUUGACUUAUGGUGAC